GUUUUAAGCUGUCAUUUCUCUCAAAGUGCUAGUCUUCAUAAAGCUUAUAAAGGAAAGAUCUACAGCAAUGUUGAAGAUGCAGUUAGCGAUAUUCCGAAUGGAUCAAAACUUCUUGUUGGUGGCUUUGGCCUUUGCGGAAUACCAGAAAAUUUAAUUAAAGCGCUUCUUGAUACUGGAAAAAAGGAGUUGACAAUCGUUUCUAACAAUGCAGGCGUCGACAACUUUGGAUUGGGGAUACUUUUGAAAGAUCGUCGUAUUAAAAGAAUGAUUGCUUCGUAUGUUGGAGAAAAUGCCGAAUUUGAGCGCCAAUAUUUGACAGGUGAACUUGAACUCGAAUUGACACCUCAAGGAACUUUAGCUGAGAGAAUAAGAGCAGGUGGUGCUGGUAUUCCUGCUUUCUUCACUCCAACCGGAUAUGGAACUUUAGUGCAUGAAGGUGGAGCUCCGAUUAAAUAUGGAGCGGAAAAAGGUGAAAUUGCAAUUCAAAGUCAAAGAAGAGAAAUGAAAGAAUUCAAUGGAAAACCUUACAUAAUGGAAGAAGCAAUUACUGGAGAUUAUGCUUUGGUUAGAGCAUACAAAGCUGACGAAUUGGGAAAUUUAAUUUUCAGAAAAUCUGCUCGAAACUUUAACCCACCAAUGUGUAAAGCUGCCAAAAUUACAAUAGCGGAAGUUGAAGAAAUUGUCCCUGUUGGUGAUUUACUUCCAGAUGAGAUUCACGUACCAGGCAUAUUUGUUCACAGAAUCGUAAGAAGCACUUUUGAAAAACGAAUUGAGAGACUUCAAGUGAGAAAAGUUCAAAAAGAAGAAGAAAAACAAUCAAAAUCAGCAAAGCUGCGUGAAAGAAUUGUAAGACGAGCUGCAGUUGAGUACAAAGAUGGAAUGAACAUCAAUUUGGGCAUUGGAAUUCCAGUAUUUUCCAGCAAUUUUAUUCCUGAAGAUAUCACAGUUCAUUUGCAAUCUGAGAAUGGAAUUCUUGGUCUUGGUCCGUUCCCGGAAAAAUAUCAAGUUGAUGCUGAUUUGAUUAAUGCUGGAAAAGAAACCGUCACUGUCAUACCUGGAGCUUCCUAUUUCGGUUCUGAUGAUUCAUUUGCAAUGAUUCGAGGUGGUCAUAUUGACAUAACAGUUCUUGGCGCAAUGGAAGUGUCUCAAUUUGGUGAUUUAGCAAAUUGGAUGAUUCCUGGAAAGUUGGUGAAGGGAAUGGGAGGUGCAAUGGAUUUAGUUGCAGCACCUGGAACCAAAACGAUCAUAACAAUGGAACACAACAGUAAAAGUGGAGCACCGAAAAUCUUGAAGCAAUGUUCACUUCCAUUAACAGGAAAGAAUUGCGUUGAUAUGAUCAUCACUGAAAAAGCUGUUUUUACUGUUGACUUCGAGAAAGGAUUGACAUUAAUUGAAAAAGCUGACGAUGUAUCAAUGGAGGAGCUCGUCCAAUCUACUGGUUGCGUUUUCCGCAUUGCUGACGACCUCAAAUCAAUGCAACAGGUUUAA